GCCGCCGCCGGCGGGGAGAGGCGCGAUGGCAGCGGCGGCAGCAGCGCUUAGAGCGGGCCUGCGCGCGGGGCGCGUGUGUAGCGGGGCGCGCCGCUGCUUCUCCGGAGCCGGUGGCGGCGCGGGGCUCCUGGCCGCUGAGAGGGGGCACGAGCCGGAGAGCCGGGCUUCAAGAUUCUGCCCUCCAGCACAUUCUUGCAAUGAUUGGAUUGGUCCUCCUGACAGACAGUCAAACCUCCGACCAAUAGUAUUUCAUAUUCCUAAAAAUGAAUCGUCACUGGGACGAAGACUUAGGGAAUUUAGACAGGAAACUCAAGUUUGGAACCAACAAUUCUGGGCAAGCCAAAAUGUGUCAUUCAGAAAGGGAAAAGAGGAAUUCGUUUACUCAAGACUGAAGGCUAAAGGUCUGGAAAUGAAAGAUGAAACAGGUCAAAAGGUAACAUUGAGUGCAGAAGAAAUGGCAGAUUUUUACAAGGACUUUUUAAGUAAAAAUUUUAAAAAGCACAUGUGUUAUAACAGAGAAUGGUACAAACGUAAUUUUACUAUCACGUUCCUCAUGGGACAAGUGGCCUUUGAGAGGGCAUGGAGGAGGCUUGGCUGGAAAAAGACGAAAGUUGGAAAUUAACGCUCACCGUGUCGUAUAGAAUACAACAACACCGUAAAGACUGUUGGACUGACACACUGUCUGUGGUCACAUUCAGGCUCUAGUUGCUGUGGCAGUAAUUCACUGUUUACUUUGUAUACCGGGCCACGUGAAUGAAAAUAGCUGCUGAUCUUGACUUCGCAUUACCAUGUUACACUGGAACAUUCAAAAGUAUGCCCAACCAAAAGCUAUAUUGGCAAUUUACCAACAGCCGAAGGGCUGCACAUAAUUUACACACAAUGGAACAGAUUGCAGCCACCCUCGUCAUUAAUCUGGCGGUGCAGCCCAUAGAGACGAUAUGAUCCAACAUACCAUGAUUCAUCUUGUUCCACAUCCUGUAGUCUCCAUGGGCCAUAUCAGUAUAUAAAAGAUGGAAGUGGCCAUGGUCUGCACUGGCUACAUGGGCUACAAUUUUCCCACCCUGGUAUAAUCAUUGUAGAGGUAAGUGCAGUUUGUGAUUGUACAUUGAUUAAAUUUAACUUAAAUUUUUAAACACAUUCUUAUUUAGAGUGAUUAGAAUCCCUUUUUUAAAGUAACACUUAAAAUACUAUGUAGAUUUAAUACCCUUAUAAAUGACCAAAACAACUGAAUCUUCUUAAUUGAUCUAUUCUUGUGAAAACAAACUUGACUAAGUGAUCUCAGUUAUCAGAGCUCAGAUGAAUAAAUUUAAGGUUUUUUAGUUUUAAAGCAAAUAAAAUGUAAACAUUGUCAGUCAUUUAGCAGCUAUGAUAGAAAGGGAGUUGAAUACAGAGGGUGAAAAGUGCUAGUAAAUGCCAAUUCAUGCCUGUUAAUUACCCUCAAAACACUUGCUGCUCUCACCAGGUUCCUUAAGCACCCAAAAGUCCUGCUAGCAUCAGAGGGCUUUGGGUGCUCAAGGAAUGCCGUCUCAUUAGUCAGGUGUGCUAUUUAAACUAAUUCUUGCAAUUUCAUUGUACCAGUUCUGUAUUAUUUAAAAGAAAUGACCUUGCACUGAGGGUGUUUCCUGCCCAUUAAUGAAGUUGAACAGAUGUGUUGUUUGCUUUGGUACCUGAUAAGUCGAUUCUGCUGAAUGGAAUGUGUAUGGACAAAUGUGAAUGUUUGAAUUCCAGGGGUGAUAUUUUUGAUACAAUGGUAAAGAGCAGUAGAACUGCAAAUAUUUGGUGGAAAAUAAUGUAUGCUUCAUUCUUGGAUUUGAAAAAUCCACAGCAAAUAUAUGAAGUUCUUGGGGCCAGCCAAACCUGUUACCAUUCUCUCACCCUUCCAAGUGGUCCCCAGUGGUAGAGACCUAUCUCCUCCCAGUUGUUUGGAGCUUGAUCACAUGGCCACUGCAUGCUUGACCGAUUGCUUGACAUCAGCAAGGGUAGCAAUCCUCAUCAGGUGGUCCAUAUCUCUAUUAAAAUAAUCAGAUCCAAAUAUACAGACAAAAUAUAUUUCCUCAAAACUCUAGGUGGGAAUGGGCACCAACACAAUAUUUCCUCCACAUGCAUAUGUGUGUACACACCCUCCAGCCCUGCAAAAGUUACUUUGUGAAAACAGCACAUUUGGAGUUCUGCAGGUUUAGGGGGUGGGUCUGGGGGAUGAGGGGGAAUGGCCAAAGGACAUCUCUGUUGAGCAUCAUCUGCUAGCAUUUGUUUUCAUGCUGUCAUACCCCCUCAAAGGGGGUGUAUAGGCCAAGGCUUACUAUCUCAGCCCUCUAGAGAUGUUUUGAGAUCCACAGAAUAAUCUUGCAGUACUCAGGGCAUCCAUGAAUUUGGAAGGUCAAAGUCCAUGCAAGUAAAUUAUUAAACAUGCAGCUUUUCUUUCUUUCUGUAAAGAUUUUUCACAUAAAUCCCAUGUGUGGUUCCUGCAUUGACCCACUAAUGGCCCCAUAAUCUGGUCUACUUAUGUCAGGGCACCCACAUAAUGACUUAUGGGGUUAAUGAUCUGUUGGCUAAAUGAUCUGUUAAUUUUCAAGUUGUGGUUAUGAGCCCUGAUACAACAUGUUUCAGUAAUAUUGUGAUCGGACUUAAAUCCAUAAGAGAAAAUUUUGUAUGUAAAUCUAAAUAUCCAGGUGAACUCUCCUGCUUUGGAUUCUAUUUUUUUAUUUCUAUCAACACAAAAGCUGUAUCAACCUGUUUUGCUCAU